GUGUCUUGUGAGGGUGACUAUAUACAUAUGUAUUUAGCUUGACAUAGAGAGAGAGAGAGAGAGCUUGGUUCUGUGUUUUCAAUCCUUGUAUUGAUUUUGAGAAAUAUGCAGGAUCCAGUGAGUUGUUUGUGUUCUUGCAUGCAAACCUAUGUUAAGCGUCAGGAUAUUAGCUAUGUGUUCCGCACCAAAGAGAAAAUUGAUGAUCUGAAGAACGCCAUGGAACAACUCACGGCCAAGAAGUUGGAUUUUAAAAAAAAGCUUGAUGAUCUUCAACACGACGGGAAACUGCUUGAUGAUCAACAUCAACUUCAACAAUGGCUUCGCGAUGUUGGAGAAAAGGAUAAUAAAGUAGAACAAUUAUUGAAUGAAUAUCGCAAAGGUAAUUGUGUUCCAGGAGGCUCUUAUUCUCUAAAUUGUUUUUCAAGGUAUAAGAUUGGCAGGAAUGCAUUCAAAUUGAAAGGGGAGAUAAAUCAGUUGAAAGCAGAACAACCAGAAAUCAAAUUUACCAACAUACCACCGCCUAAACCAGUCCCUGAAUCAUAUAUAACAGUGGGGGAAAAAAUCAGGUCCAAUGUUGAUAUUGCUCGCAGUUAUCUGGAAGAUGAAAGAGUUGGUAUAAUUGGCAUAUGGGGCAUGGGGGGUGUAGGCAAGACCACACUCUUGAAAAAAAUCAGGCAGUCAUUGUCAGGUGAUGCAAACAUGGGAUUCGAUCGUGUGUUAUUUAUCGAAGCUUCAAAGGGUAUUCAGUUGGAAUAACUUCGAAAACAGAUUGCUGAAAGGUUGAAUUUGGAAUCUUCUGCUGGUAAAGAAGGCAUCUUCAAUGUUUUAAAAAUUAGCAACUUUGUAUUGCUCUUGGAUAAUAUAUGGGAAGAAGUGGAUCUUAUUGAUCUUGGAAUUCCCCAUCCUUAUAGUGAUGAUAAUUCCACCAAACAAUACAAACACAAAGUGAUUUUCACUACUCGAUCUGAAGAUGUAUGUGCCAAGAUGGGUGCAGGAGAAAAUACCAUCAAAGUGGAAUGCUUGGAAUCAGAUGAAGCAUGGGAUCUUUUCAAGGACAAUGUAAAUCUAGCUGUUAUUGAGUCAGACGAAAAGUUUAAAGAAAUAGCAUGGCAGGUGAUGGAGAAGUGUGGUGGUUUGCCACUUGCUCUGAAAGUGGUUGGUAAGGCCAUGUCAAACAAAAAAUCUGUCCAAGAUUGGAAAUUUACUUUGAACUCAAUAAAGAAUUCAGGCACUGAAGUAGUUCAAGGUGUGCAGGAAUCAUUACUUCCAAUUUUGAAAUUCAGUUAUGAUAAUCUAACUAAUGAUUUCAAGGAGUGUUUCUUAUCUAUUUGCAUGCUGCGAGGACAAUCUAAAGAUGAAAUUGUAGAGUUUUUGAUGGGAUUAGGCUUGAUUGGUGAUUUUGACAAUUUGCAAGAAGCUUAUGGCACAGGAGAAAAUAUCCUUAAGACUCUAGAGGAAUCAUGUUUAUUGUCUUCUGAUGAUGAUGUUGUGAGCUUACAUGAUGUAAUUUAUGAGAUGGCAAUGUGGAUAGCAUUAGACUGUGGGAGGAACAUGAAUAAAUGGAUAGUGAAAACAUAUAAUGUCUCUUCUUCAAUCAAUGCAGAGAAUUGGAGAUCCGCGAACCGAUUGAUUAUAAAAUUUAAUUCUUGUACCAAAAAUAUGCUUGAAGAAUUUUUGCCAAUUUUGUCUCAGUGUUCUGAUUUGUUGUGUUUAAUGAUACAUGAUUGUUAUCAUUUGAAAAAUAUUCCCGAAGAAUUUUUCAGACAGAUGCCAAAUUUGACAUAUUUGAAUCUUUCAUACACUGGUCUCGAAGAGCUCCCAAAGGACAUCAAAUGUUUAGUUAAUUUACAAUACCUAAACAUUUCAAACACACAGAUCUCAUCACUUCCAGAGGAGUUGGUAAAAUUGAAGAAAUUGCAAUAUUUAAUAUGCAGAAAUACAAGGCUGGGCAAGGUAAAGGAUGGUCUCAUGUCAAUAUUACAAAAGUUGAAGAUCAUUGACGUAUUUCCAUCAGGGUGGGUAGACCUGGCACAAUUAAAGAAAUUGAAGAAACACAUCAAAGCCAUAGGAAUGCGUGUAGUAUCAGAAGAGGUUCUCCAACAACUCUCAUGUUUGCCAACUACUCGGCUUUAUCUAGCCAAUGUGGAUAACUUGAUCUCUCUUUCAUUUAAUACUUUA